UCCAGCUCUGUGAAUGCCCUGGAAUACAUCACCUAGGUAACCAGUCUUAACCAGCCAGCCUGCCUUCACCCCAGCAGAGCAUUUACAGGCAGAAUCCUUGCAGGGAGAACAGCAGCGUUUUCCACCACCAUUAUCUGACCAUGGUGAAACUGGGCAGCAAUCUCUGUGAGAAGCUGGACAAGGAGCAGGGCACCGGCAGCGGUGAUGACAGCUUUGACAACAUCCCUUUGAUAACGCCGCUGGACGUCAACCAGCUACAGCAGCCCUUCCCUGACAAGGUGAUCGUCAAGACCAGAACAGAGUACCAGCUCCAGCAGAAGAAGAAGAGAAAGUUACAUGUCCCUGGAAUUAAAAAGCUGAACAUAAACCUAUACGAUGAAGUAUCAGAAAAGGUCAAGCUGACGGGGUUGAUUCUCAUCACGAUGGCCUUCCUGGCCUGCCUGCUCAUGCUGGUCAUGUACAAGGCACUGUGGUACGACCAGCUAAGCUGCCCUGAGGGCUUUGUGUUUAAGCAUAAGCACUGCACUCCCUCCGCACUGGAGAUGUACUAUUCGGAGCAGGAAGUGGGACCCCAAGGAAGUCUCUACACAGCCAUUAACCACUUAAAUCAAGGCAAGAAAACCAUCCCUGAACUGCCUUCCCCUUGGUUACCAGUCAUUAAUGCCUUGAAGAAAUCUGAGAAAGGCAAAGAGGAUCUGGCUGGAAUUCAGCAGUAAGGGACAGGAGCCAGACACACCUGGACUGUGGUUCCGGGAGUGCGUGUAUUAACUUCAAGGAGAGUAUUAACCCAUUCAAAGCUAGUUUUGUGUCCCAAAUCAACCAACAAAAAGACAAUGCUGAAAGGGCGCCUAGAGCAGGAACAAAUUGUUUUCUUUCUAGCACAGAGAAGAGAUUUUGCUCCAUUCUGAGAGAUGCCCCUUCCCCCAAUCUCUUGAGCAUAAAAACGUCCAACGGUUAUUCUUUGCUUUUCUUUAUUUCUGUAUUUAUAAUGGGGGCUGCCAGGGGAAUCUGUCGGGGCAGCGGCCGAGUAGCCAUUAGAACGCCAUGCCACGCCAAGGCUGAGAUAGUGUUUUUCUGCACUUCCAUGGAUAAUUUGAGGUGGACUGAAGUAAUACUCUUCUUCGUGCUAUACAGGGGUUAGCUUUUGUCUGCACACAUUGCAUUAACCCCAGAAGGACCUUUUGGUCCCUGUCCAGUAGUGUUUCGUUAAUGGUUUUUCGACACGGUGGUUGCUGAGUGCCCAUGACCUUCUUCAUGUCAGGAGGGAAGAAAAUAGGCUAUGGGCAGACCACAAAAAUAGCAACCUUUUAGAGCAGCUAAGUGCUUCAGUGUUGCUAUCCAGUGCUGUAUGGAGGCAAAUGUUAACACGCAUUGCACUUUAAUUUGAGUAAGCUUUUAAAUGUCAUUUAUGCUUCGCUAGUCUCAGUUGCAAUUUGAUUGCUAAUUACCAGGCUAAAUCUGACACCAUUUAAUUACAUUGCUGCUGGCUAGGGUACCUUUUUUGUUUCGUCAUUAACAUAUCUUCAAGUCUGUAGGAUCUGGUUGGUGUGAAAUCACUGUGCCACUCUCGUUUGCACCAUGUGUUUGUGUGUGUGUGUGUGUGUGUGUGUGUGUACUGCUUUUAGGCCCUCGCAUUGUGGAACAUCAUUGGCGAUUUUACACCACUUUGUACAUUUUUAUAGAGAUUGUGAUUUGUCACCUUGCAGCAAAGCACUUCCAAGUGUCUCCAAGUGCCAAAAUGAAUGUGGUGAUCAGCAGCUUUCCUGUAAGUAAAAAUAAAUGUACAUCUUCACCAUGGCUUAUUCAUUCUUCUCCUGGUUGUAAUUGGUUUUGGGGUUUUUUUUUUGAGUCUUUCUUUGCAAGAGCUCAGCAAUGCUGACAGCUGUGCCAAGUCCAGCCACCUAACACGGAAGUGUAAAAAGUGAUAAUCAAAUGCACCGUCACUGGAGCACGGUCCUGCGUCAGGAGCCCAGUGCAGUAAUAGCUCUGGCAUGGGGGAAAGUGCCACGGAAUUUAAUAGCUUUAGAGUGACCUAGAUGUUAAGGCCAGAUGGGACCAUGCUGAUCACUCAGACUGACCUCCUGUAUAGCACAGGGCAGAGAGCCGCACCCAGAGACUCUUGCAGCCAGCCCAGAACUCCUGGCUGAGCUAGGGCAUGUCUGAUUUCAAGGAAUGCCCCACACAAUUGACCUCCUUGUUGAAACAUCUGUGCUGUUAAAUAUUUCAUUUGCAUCCACAGCUCUAAGCUCGCCCACAGGAUCUUGGUUUUGGGUUCAAAGCAAAUCUGAAAAGGGCCAAUUUUGCUCAUUUGGAGUCUGAACCCAGACUCUGUCCAGACUGAGCCUCAAAA